GUGAAGGCUGGGGGCAGCCGGCGGCGAAGAUCCCCGCGGCAUGAGGCGGGAGGAAGCGAUGGUGGUGACCUCGGUGGCCGCGCCGGAGACGGUCCGCGACGGGGAGCAGCUUCGGCCGCCGGCGGGGCUGGGGUGCGGGGAGCGCGGGGAGCCCGGAGGUGGCGGACCCCAGGAGUCUCGCAAACAGUGGAAGAAAUUCUUGUAUUCGGAGCCACACAAGAGAAUUAAGGAAGUACUAGAAGAAGAACUUUAUAUUAAAAGAGACGAAUGCCACAUUAAAAACCCACCUGCAGUGGCCUUAGAAAGGAUUUGGAGCAUUAAAAGGAAUCUCCCUGUCGGAAGCUUGAAGCCAGGACUACCGAGCAGAAACAGUAUGCUGCCGCAAGCCAAGUACUACUCGAGGCAUGGAGGGCUGAGAAAGUUGCUGCUGUUUCUCUGCUGUCUUGGAUGAUCCAGGAAAUGAAGUCUUUGCACAGUGAGCUCACUUGAGAAAGAUGUUUCCUUCUUAU